AUGGGCUUCAACUGGACUGAUUAUAUAAUCACCAGAUCCGGCGCAUCACCCGAAAAUCCCUUACCGAGGAGCUUUGCGGAAAAGGGCAUUCAGAACGCGAAUGCUCAUCUGUUCAAGGAUCACAGAAUAUGCGCACCCGGCGAGGCGACAAAAUCGUCGGCUCAAAAACAAGCAGAAAAGGUAAGGAACAGGGACCAGAGGUCUAUUGCUGAUGUGAUGAAACUCGAUACAAGGCUCCCACGCGAGCAAGACAGUGCGAAUAAGCUCGUUCAAGGCUUCGACCGGAAGUUGUCGCGUUACUACUUCCAACGACUUCUACUCGAAUGGAUCAUUGAGGAGAAUCACUCUUUUACUGUUUGUUGUGAACAAGGAAGACUGCGAAGAAUAUUCGAAUAUCUCAAUCCCCUUGUGAAGAUAACCGACGCCAACAUUACGAGGCCGACUAUUCGCCGGAAAGUUCUCUCGUCAUCGGGCCUGAUUCAUGUCUCAUUUGACGGAUGGAAGUCAGGGAAUAGACACAGUCUGUACGGAGUUGCUUGCUUCUUUCGGGACGAGAACAGUCAGCCGCGAAAGCUAGUGCUUGGCGUCCCUGAGCUGCGAACGCGCCAUUUUGGGCACAAUAUUGCGGCAGAAAUACUUGACGUCCUUGACGCGUAUGGAAUUAAGGAUAGGGUUGGGUACUUCACAUUAGAUAAUGCAGAGAGCAAUGACAAAGCGAUGGAAGUAAUUGGUGGCGAGCUUGGCUUCAUGGGAUCGACGAGGCGUGGCCGCUGUUUCGGCCACACUCUAAACCUCUCCGCGAAAGCUCUUCUUUUUGGCCACAACGUUGAGGCGUUUGAAGAGCAGCUGUCAGGUGCAGCAGCCUUAUCUGAGGCAGAGCACACGCUUUGGCGGCGCAAGGGACCCGUCGGAAAGUUGCACAAUCUAGUCGUAGAUAUUAGGAGGUCGGAUCAGCUUAUUUAUCUCCUGCGAAGUAUACAGCGGUCAGAAUUCGACAUGUCGGCUGAUGUUAGGGUCAGAGCAAGCAAGACACUCGAUCUAAUCAUUGACAACGAUACACGAUGGCUUUCUCAACUAUAUAUGAUAAGGCGAGCCAUUACUCUCCGUCCAUACCUUGAGCAGCUUAUAUUGAAGCAUCGCCAGCAAUGGGAGCAAGAUAACAGGUCAAAGAGGACAGGCAAUUUAAGGAAGUCGGCCAAGGAGCCGCGGAUUUGCUUGGAAGAAAACCAGUUGACGGCUCAUGACUGGACCGUCCUUGGGCAUCUCGCUACACUUCUUGGGUUCUACGAAGAUGCCGUCAAGACUCUAGAAGGCGAUGGUCAGCAGCGCAAGCGCAAAGGUGGAUGGGUGGGCUCCUACGGGAAUGUGUGGGAAGUCAUUCAAGGAUUUGAGUUCCUUCUAGAGGUCCUCGAAGAGUAUAAGCAGCUUGCGUCUGGAAUACCUGACCCGGAGCAUUUCAGAAUUAACAUCAACUUGGGAUGGGAGAAGCUGAACAAGUAUUACUGCGCGUUGGACGAGACACCAAUUUAUUAUACGGCUUUGGCCCUGCAUCCGGCUUUCCGAUGGGGAUAUUUCGAGAACGAGUGGAAGGACAAUACGAAAUGGGUGACGAAGGCGAAGCAAAUGGUUCGAGAAGUGUGGGAAACGGAAUAUCGCAACCUGCAAAUAGACUCAAGCCCCGUGGUCCACGAACCGGCAGCUAAGCGGCAGCGCAAGUACUACAACCCUUUUCAGGCGUAUUGUGAACGCACUCGGCCAGUCUCUAGAUGCGGCAGGGUUAAAGAGGAAGGGUCGUCGCCCGCUCGCAUAGAUGUGGAUGUUGACGAACUGGAAUUAUGGCAGUCAUCGAGAGAGGAUGGGGACAGCGACAUUAGAGAUCCGAUAACGUACUGGCAUGAGCGCCGACGAGGAUAUCCACGCCUGUCGCGAAUGGCGCUGGACUUCCUUACGAUUCAGCCAAUGUCAGCUGAGUGUGAGAGAUUGUUUGCGGCAGCGGGACGCAUGGUAACACCGCUGCGAAGCCGGCUUGAUGCUGAUAUCAUAGGAAUGUGCCAAGUGCUACGGUCGUGGUUGAGAGCUGGGGUAAUCGACGACCUAGACGUACUGCUUCUUCCCGUUGAGACUGUUGACGGUGAGGAGCCCGUAGAAGACACUGAUGGGGGGGAGAGUUCGGGUGAUAACUCUGAUGAGGUAGACGACACCGCGUGA